UAUCCUCUUACACAUUAUUUAUUUUAUGCCGUGGUGAAUUGUUAUACAUAUUCCAGUUGUCAAUCCUAGUUUUUAGAAUAUUCACGUAAAAAAUCGACAGGUUGACAUAAGGAGACUAACAGAAUCAUAUAGUUACAUUAAAUACUGAAGCAGCAGCAAAAUUAUCAAUUGGGAUAAUAAACAAAAUGAAGAUGGCUGAUGGUUCAACAAUAUUAAGAAGAAAUAGGCCAGGAACAUCGGCUAAAGAUUUUUGCCGGUGGCCUGAUGAAUCCUUUGAAGAAAUGGACAGUACGUUAGCAGUUCAACAAUAUAUACAACAAACAAUUCGACGAGAUCCAACUAAUAUUGAUUCUAUUCUAAACAUGCCUGAAUUUCAAGAUGAAGGUGUGUGGAAAUAUGAACAUCUUCGACAAUUUUGUAUGGAGUUGAAUGGAUUAGCAGUUCGAUUACAAGAGGACUGUGAUCCUCAGUCUUGUACACAGAUGACUGCCACUGAACAAUGGAUAUUCCUCUGUGCUGCACAUAAAACUCCAAAAGAGUGCCCUGCCAUUGAUUACACGAGACAUACUCUCGAUGGCGCGGCUUGUUUGCUUAAUAGUAAUAAAUAUUUUCCUAGUAGAGUUAGUAUCAAAGAAUCUUCUGUUGCUAAAUUGGGAUCUGUUUGUCGUCGUGUCUACAGAAUUUUUUCUCAUGCGUAUUUUCAUCAUUUAAAUAUUUUUGAGCCAUUUGAACACGAGACUUUCCUUUGUCGAAGAUUUACAGCAUUUGUAACCAAAUAUAAAUUGAUGUCAAAAGAUAAUCUGAUUGUGCCAAUAAUCAAAGAAGAUGGCAGUGCUAUAACAACCAUUACCAGUACAACUAUGACCACUGGUAGUGCUAUUACGAUUGCUGCGACUAUUCCUAAUACAACUGUUACUACUUCAGUUGUUGCUGCUGCUACUAUAACUACUAUUACAACUAAUCCAAGCACUACUAAUGUAACUACUACUGCAACUGCUCCCGCUACUACCAAUAUCACUACUGCCAAUACUCCAGCUCCUGUUCCAGCUGUUGCAAUUCCUCCUAAUAAUACUACAGAAAGCGAGGCAUAAAUAUUGAAGACGUGCAGGGAUUUUGUUAAUUUACAUAUGAUUCAUAUAAACUGUGAAUUAAAUUUGUAGGAGAGAUAAUGACGUUGCAGAAAAUAUUUCUGACAUCAAAAUAAUAGUCAAUGAGUGCAGUGUGAUUGCAAGAUAUAUUAAAUAAUGACUCAUCAAUUUACAAUUUAAAGGAUCCACUCUUUAUCGAAAUUUUUUAAUGUAUAAUAAAUAUAAAAUAUCUAAUCAUAUGAUUUUCUUAAACGUAAGUUGUGUGUAUGUAGAUAUGUAUGUGAGUAGGUGUGUAAAAUUAGUAAACAGAAGUUUUAAUAUAAAAUAAAACAGUAAAAAUAGGAACGAGUGUCACUAAGUUAUUGAUGAUACGAUUAAUUUUACACAUACAAUGAUAUUUAAACAAUUGACUUUUUUUAUACUGUUUAUUUACAUUCGAUGUAUUAAUGGCAUUUCAAUGAAGUAUUAAAAAUACAAGGGAGAAAAAUUGCCACUAAACAAAUAUCUUAGUUGAAAAUAAAAUUUAUAAAAUAAUUAGUUACUCUCAGAGAACACCUUUUACUAUAACUUUUAAAUUAUUGUGAACAUCGUACUCAUGUAUAGAGUAGUUAUAAUUGAAUAAUUCUACUAAAUUUAUGAAGUUAUGAUUAGAUAUUUAUGUACCCUUAAAUAGAGAAUAAACUUUUUU